AUGGCGAACAACACACAAUUAUCCCAUUGCAAAAUUAUAUUCGCAAUUGCCCGUUGGCUCUAUCCUAAAACGCAUCCGUUUUGGUUUACGUUCUACAUGUAUCUAUGCUAUUUAAGGACGAUCAAAAGGCGAAUUCGAUACAAAAUCCAACCCGUCCCGAUAGAAUUCAUCAAAGCAACAGUACACGAUAGAGUACAAUUUAAAGACAUAAACCGAGCGGUUCUGGUGCACCCUCGAAACGUCUACAUCACCGACAAAGCCUCGAGAUUAUAUUGCGACGAAACCAAAAACCACACAAUCGUUUACCCGAUUCCCACGUCGGUUUGCGAAGAAAACGAAUUAUUAGUCAGCGAAACGUUUUAUUACAAUUCAAUCGAACUAGGAUUAUCCGACGACGUCAGAUUGCUGAAUUGCGACUUGAACAGCACGAAAUUCGCCGAAGAAGUGAGCCUGUCUCUCGUCAACUCCCCCUUCGAUAUCAACACCUCUCUCUCCGAUGCUCUGCUCGAACGGUUCUUCGAGGCUCCCAAAUUACUGAGGAAAAACGAAUUAAUAGAGGUCGAUAUCGCCCAAUUCGCCGAAGUUGUUCGCUAUGCGAACAACAAAGCGAACAACAUCGGCAGCGUGUUUUACAAAUGCAAUAAAAUGUUCCGCGAUAGCGAAGAGGUGACGAGCGAUUCGAUGUAUUGCGUUAUCGGCGAAACUGCAAUCAAACAGGCCGCGAAUAUACAAAGUUUUAUACCGAAAAGAAGUUGUAAAAUGGUGAUGUGCGGUGAAAUUGCUGUAAAAAUCCCGGCUGUUCCUUGUGGACUCGGGAAGUACUUCGAACGGAUCGAACGGGCUACCAAGCCUUUCCUAAAGAAAUUAAAAUUGCCGUUGAAACCGGCUUUUUUGGUGGUAGGAAACGCCGGAAGCGGCAAGGACUUGCUCGUGUCCUCAUUGGCUGAUCGCCUCGGAAUGCAUCAUUAUAAAAUCGACAAUUUCGAAUUGAUGGGCAACGUUUAUGCGCAAAACGAAACGAAAUUACACAACGCCUUCUUCAACGCCAAAAUGGCCGCUCCUUGCUUGGUAUCCAUGCACAAUUUCGAGCACUUCGGCAAAAACAACGACGGGCAAUACGACGAGCGCAUCGCCGGCAAUUUCGCCGACGAAUUAAACAUCUUGUUCGAAAACAAUUCUCUACCGAUCCUGCUAUUUUGCUGUACCGAUCAGGAUACAAUACCGUCGAAUUUGCGGAAAUCCUUCCUCGAAACCUUCGAAAUUCGAGCCCCCACCGGCGACGAACGAGCGGAAGCCCUAAAAUGGAUCACCGCCGGAUGUAAACUCGAUUCGGGCGUCGAUUUCGACGAAAUCGCCCAAAAAACUCACGGAUUCUUCUACGAAGAUUUGAAGGCUUUGAUUUACUACGCCCGGAAACGCUCCGAAUGCAUCAACCAGGAUAAACUAACACAAGCCGUAGAAUACAUGCAAAAGAGCUACAAUCGAAGCAUAGGCGCAGCCAAAGUACCAAAAGUACUUUGGACCGACGUGGGCGGUUUAACGGAAGUUAAACAAGAAAUCAUCAAAACUAUCAAUCUACCGUUGAAGCAUCCAGAUUUCGUAAAGAAAACCGGAUUGAAACGUUCAGGCAUCUUACUAUUCGGUCCGCCGGGCACCGGUAAAACUCUAAUCGCCAAAGCGGUGGCCACCGAAUGCAAUUUGUGCUUUCUAUCGGUGAAAGGUCCCGAACUGUUGAACAUGUACGUGGGACAAUCCGAGCAAAACAUCCGAGAAGUGUUUCAACGAGCCCGCGAGGCGUCCCCCUGCAUUAUAUUCUUCGACGAAUUGGACUCGUUGGCGCCCAAUCGGGGGAUAUCCGGCGAUUCGGGCGGCGUCAUGGACAGAGUGGUGUCCCAAUUGUUGGCCGAAAUGGACGGUUUGAACGAAUCCGGAACAAUUUUCAUUAUAGGUGCUACAAAUCGACCGGAUUUGAUCGACCCGGCUCUACUGCGACCGGGACGCUUCGAUAAAUUACUAUACAUCGGGCCUUGUACUGACGACCAAUCGAAAAUAUCGGUUCUAAGGGCUCUUACUAAGCGGUUUAACUUAGAUAAGGACGUUAAUUUGGAGGAAAUCGUAGGCGUUUGUCCGAAGAAUAUAACGGGAGCGGAUUUUUACGGUAUAUGCUCGAACGCCUGGCUGGAAGCGGCGAGAAGACUAGUAAAUAGCAUCGAAAACGGUUUGGUUUCUUCGGAUGAUGUUACUGCUGAAGACGUGGUUGUUGGUUUUAAUGAUUUUAAAAGCUCUUUGGUAGACGUGAAACCGUCUAUUAACCCUCGGGAGUUGGUGUAUUUCGAGAAGUUGAAAAAUGAGCUGUGUUCGAAUACAUAA